AUGACUUCACUCAUUCUGAUGGGCUUGAUGCCCAGAAACAACGAGCACUCAUUAGCGGCGCGAUUGACCAGCUCCGUGGAACUUGAUAUCGACCCUCUUCCACAAUCGCAUCGACGAGGCCUAAUAGCAAUCUCAAUCAUGGCCCUCUUGUCUCUCAUUGCAACAUCAAUACUCCUCGGUUUCAUCACCUAUCGCCUUGUUUUCUGGCGCGGCAGUUAUACAAGAUACAUCGGUUACAACCAGUACAUUAUUCUUAUCUACAACCUUGUGCUCGCCGAUUUUCAACAAUCACUUGCAUUCAUUCUUUGUCUACGAUGGAUUUUGACCGACAAAAUCGAGGCCGGCACGGUCUCAUGCUUUCUCCAAGGGCUGUGGCUGCAAAUUGGAGACCCCAGCAGUGGUCUUUUCGUGCUUGCCAUCGCCUUUCACACAUUCCUUUUAGUCGUCUGGGGACGCAAAAUGUCCUACAAGUUCUUUGUCUGUUUCGUCGUUGGCGUCUGGAUCUUCGUGGCGUUGAUCGUAGUCAUCCCAAUAGCAAUGCACGGCCCCGACAUCUUUGUGCCUUCCGGAGCCUGGUGCUGGAUCAGCGAAGAAUUCGAGACUACCCGUCUAUGGACUCACUACAUGUGGAUUUUCCUUGCCGAGUUCGGCACAGUCAUUCUCUACGCCGUCAUGUACUUCCAGCUGCGCCGACAGAUCGCUGCUUCCGCCAUCCUCGGAAAUAACCAACUGGCGAGUCUCCAGCGCCUUCGUCGCGUCGUUGGCUACAUGACCAUCUACCCAAUCGUCUACAUCAUCCUAUCGCUACCCCUCGCUGCAGGCCGCAUGGCUACAGCCCACGGCACGGAGCCCAGCAUCAUCUUCUUCUGCUGUGCGGGUGCCUUCAUUACCAGCUCUGGGCUGGUCGAUGUCGUUUUGUACACGCUUACCCGCCGCAACCUCAUCAUCGACUCAGAACCCAGCGAAGACCGCUCCUACAACAAAUUCAAUAGUAGCAAGGGCCGGCGAGGCGAGAACAAUCUGACGACCAUCACUGCUGAUCCCAAGCGCAAACAUGGCGGCACUUUCACCGAUGACCUCGACCGCGACGGAUCAAUGGAUAAUAUCGUUGUGCCAAGUGCACAUGGCCACGGCCAUGAUCAUGAAAUGACACCGCUCGGAAAGGUGUAUCAAGAAACGACCAUAGAGAUCACCCACGAGCCUGCUUACCCUGACGAGGUGUCCAGUUCGCACUCUAGCAAGGAGGACUUCUCUAACAGGCCGCCUCAUGCCGGAUGGCGGAGAUGA